GCGCAGCGCAGGGAAGCGUAGCGGAGUUCGGGUUGUCCGGAGCGCACGCAGGACUCGCAGGGGUCAAGCAGCAGUUGCAGACCGGACCCGAACCGCUGCCCUGCCCGGGUUCGAGACCGCAUCCGGCACAGGACCAGGAGGAGCGGAGGGGGUGUGGGGAGCCGUCGGUACCGUCCGGACCCAAAUGAACACACAACAUCCGCCGGAGGAAGAAUCCCUGAUUUCAGCGCGGGAGCGGAGAUGAAGGCGGUCGGCCGACAGGUCGCCGCCGCGGCGGACAAACCGAACGGAGACAUGAAGCGGAAGCCGAGCUACCCGGGAGAACUGCGGGCCAAGCACGCCAACAUGUCCACCAAGAUCUGGGUCAAAGUGGCCAUGGCCAUCGGCUACUUCCUGUGCGUGUCCGUGGCCGCCUUCAUCCUGGUCAUCUACUAUGCGGUGUUCUGGAAACCCAGCAACAGCACCGACGUGCCGAACCGAACCCAGUGCCAGUCCGUCCCGGGGCAGGGAUGACAGAAGAACGGCACGCGCACAUCAGCCAGAACUCCCGGGUCUUCCUGCACCGAAGAGAACAUGAGUUUCCUUCAGCUGGUCCUGAACGAGCAGAACCAUGGGC